GAGAAGAGUGCCAGCAUGGCCUCUGUCUUCCGGAGUGAGGAGAUGAGCCUGAGGCAGCUCUUCCUGCAGGUGGAGGCUGCCUACUGCUGCGUGGCUGAGCUGGGGGAGCUGGGGCUGGUCCAGUUCAGAGAUCUGAAUGUGAAUGUCAACAGCUUCCAGAGAAAGUUUGUGAAUGAAGUGAGAAGGUGCGAAUCCUUGGAGAGAAUCCUGCGUUUUCUGGAAAAUGAGAUGGAAGAUAAUGUUGAAAUAGUCAAAGGAGAAAAGUAUCCAGAGACACCCCUGCCUCGGGAAAUGAUUGAUAUGGAGGCAGUGCUGGAGAAACUUGAAGCUGAGCUGCUGGAAGCCAACCAGAACCAGCAAACAUUGAAGCAGAACUUCCUUGAGCUGACAGAGCUCAAACAUCUGUUGAAGAAAACCCAGGAUUUCUUCGAGGCAGAAACCAAUCUGCCAGAUGAUUUCUUUAUUGAAGACACAUCUGGACUGCUGGAGCUGAGAAGCACUCCUGCUGCUGCAGCUGCCAAGCUGGGAUUCACAGCAGGGGUAAUAAAGAGGGAAAGGAUGAUCCCCUUUGAGCGUUUACUGUGGCGAGCCUGCAGGGGAAACAUUUACCUGAGGUACACAGAAAUGGACACCCCCAUGGAGGACCCUGUGACAAGAGAAGAGGUGAAGAAGAAUGUGUUCAUUAUCUUCUAUCAAGGAGAGCAGCUUAAACAAAAAAUCAAGAAGAUUUGUGAUGGAUUUCGUGCCACAGUCUAUCCUUGUCCAGAGUCUGCCACCGAGCGCCGAGAAAUGCUUGAUGGAGUCAACACAAGAAUUGAGGAUUUAAACACAGUGAUAACACAAACCGAGUCCCACCGCCAACGACUGCUGCAUGAGGCAGCAGCCAACUUGUGGUCCUGGGGGAUCAAGGUGAAGAAAAUCAAGGCCAUCUACCACAUUCUGAAUUGCUGUAACAUCGACGUCACCCAGCAGUGUGUCAUUGCAGAGAUCUGGUUCCCAGUGGCUGAUGCUGACCGGAUAAAAAGAGCUCUCCAUCAAGGAAUGGAACGUAGUGGCUCCACGAUUGCCCCCAUCCUCACUGCCGUACACACCAAGAUGGCACCACCCACCUUCAACAGGACCAACAAGUUCACAGCUGGAUUUCAGAACAUCGUGGAUGCAUAUGGUGUGGGCAACUACAGGGAGAUGAACCCAGCUCCCUACACUAUCAUUACUUUCCCCUUCUUGUUUGCGGUGAUGUUUGGGGACUGUGGCCACGGCGCUGUCAUGCUGGGCUUCGCACUCUGGAUGGUCAUUAAUGAGAAGAGUCUUCUGGCCCAGAAAAGCACUAAUGAGAUCUGGAACACCUUUUUCAGCGGGCGCUACCUGAUCCUGCUCAUGGGCAUAUUCUCCAUGUACACUGGCUUCAUCUACAAUGACUGCUUCUCCAAAUCAUUCAACUUCUUUGGUUCUUCCUGGCAUAUCAUCCCCAUGUUUAAAAAUAACACUUGGAAUAAGGAUGUGCUUCUAGACAAUGCAGUGCUGCAGUUGGAUCCAGCAGUCCCAGGAGUCUACUCUGGAAAUCCAUAUCCAUUUGGAAUAGAUCCGAUCUGGAAUGUUGCAUCGAACAAACUGACUUUCCUGAACUCCUACAAAAUGAAGAUGUCGGUUGUCAUAGGGAUUGUGCACAUGAUUUUUGGGGUGAUACUCAGUCUCUUCAACCACAUCUACUUCAGAAAAUACAUAAACAUUAUCCUUCAGUUCAUUCCAGAGAUGAUUUUUAUUAUCUCUCUUUUUGGCUACCUGGUCUUCAUGAUUAUUUUCAAAUGGUGUCAUUUUGAUGUCCAUUCAUCCCAGAGUGCACCAAGCAUCCUCAUCCACUUUAUCAACAUGUUUCUGUUCAACUAUGGUGACACUUCCAAUGCUCCAUUGUAUCUGCAUCAGAAAGAAGUGCAGAGUUUCUUAGUCAUAUUUGCUCUGAUUGCUGUUCCCUGGAUGCUCCUAAUUAAACCUUUCAUCCUCCGAGCCAACCACCAGAAAGCACAGCACAUGAUCCAUUCUCAAGCCAUCUCAGGAAACUCAGGAGGUGAAAAUGAGGUAGAUGUCCCAGAGACCAAUCACUCCAAGAAAGCUUCCCAGGGAAACCACAGCGGUGGCCAUGAAGGACACGAGGGUGACGAUGGAGAGUUCAAUUUUGGAGAUGUAUUUGUCCACCAAGCUAUCCACACCAUUGAAUACUGCCUUGGCUGCAUCUCCAACACAGCCUCUUACCUGCGACUCUGGGCGCUGAGCUUGGCCCAUGCACAGCUGUCAGAGGUCCUUUGGACCAUGGUGAUGCACAACGGGCUCAGCAGCAGCGGCUGGGCAGGCCUCAUCGCCAUCUUCAUCAUCUUCGCGGCAUUUGUGGUGCUGACGGUAGCCAUCCUGCUGGUCAUGGAGGGGCUCUCGGCCUUCCUGCACGCCUUGCGUCUGCACUGGGUGGAAUUUCAGAACAAGUUCUACGUGGGAGCUGGGUACAAAUUUUCUCCGUUCUCCUUCAAUCACAUCAUCAAUGGCACUGCAGAAGAGUAAAACCAGUGCAUCACUUCUUCCCUCCUCAGAUCAGCCUCUGUUUUCUUGUGGUGGCUCACCCACAGAGUAGAAUACAUAGGAUGAAAGAGAAUGGGGCAUGGCCCUUAAAGAAGAGCUGUAGAUGAAUAAUGUCCUAGCUACAUUCCAAUAUACUCCUGUAUCAGCUGAGAGAUGACCUGUAUCAGCUGGUCUGGCUGGACCCUUGGCUGAGACUCCAUUGAUGUCUGCAAGUACCGGGUCCUCAGCAUUUGAUGGGGUCAGCUGCCUACUGCUUGGCUGAAAA